CAGGGUGCUGUAGUACAUAGAAAGGUGCUACACUGGUGAAUUAAAAAAAAAAAAAAAAUAUAUAUAUAUAUACACAAAUAUAUAUAUAUACAUAUAAAGAGUAAAAAUGAAGGUCCCUGUAUUCGAGGAUGUAAAAGAUGAAACUGAAGAGGAAAAAACAGGGGAAGAAGAAAAUGAAGAAGAUGAGGUAUUCUUUAAGCCUGUUAUUGACGACCUGAGGAUGGAAUUGGCCAAAAAAUGCACCCAACUCAUUAGUGAUAUCCAUUAUAAACAAGAGUAUAAAAAGUCUAAGGACAAGUGUACCUUUGUGACUGACACCCCUAUGCUAAACCAUGUAAAAAAUAUUGGCGCUUAUAUUUCUGAGGUGAAAUACAAGGGCACCAUUAAGGCGGACCUUUCCAAUUCUCUUUAUAAGCAGAUGCCAGCCACAAUUGACAGUGUCUUUGCAGGAGAAGUUACGAAGCUUCAGAGUAAGAUUGCCUACAAGCAGAAACAUGAUGCUGCCAAAGGAAUCUCAGAUUAUGCCCAUAUGAAGGAGCCCCCUGAGGUCAAACAUGCCAUGGAGGUCAAUAAACACCAGAGUAAUAUUUCUUAUAGAAAAGAUAUGCAGGACAGCCACAUGUAUAGUGCGGGGCUCGACAGACCAGACAUCAAGAUGGCAAUGCAGAUCUCCAAGAUCAUAAGCAAUGCAGACUAUAAGAAAGGGCAAGGAGUAAUGAAUAAGGAGCCUGCUGUAAUUGGAAGACCAGAUUUUGAACAUGCUGUGGAAGCGUCUAAACUUUCUAGUCAGAUUAAAUACAAAGAAAAAUUUGAUAAUGAAAUGAAGGAUAAGAAACAUCAUUACAAUCCCCUUGAAAGUGCUUCUUUUAGGCAAAGUCAGCUUGCCAAUGCACUGGCGAGUAAUGUGAAGUAUAAGAAAGACAUUCAAACUAUGCAUGAUCCAGUUUCAGAUCUCCCAGACUUGUUUUUAGACCAUGCUUUGAAAGCCAGCAAAAUGCUCAGCGGACGAGAGUAUAGAAGACUGUUUGAGGAAAACAAAGGAAUGUAUCAUUUUGACGCGGACGCUGCGGAACACCUGCACCAUAAAGGCAACGCCACGCUCCAGAGUCAGGUUAAGUACAAAGAAGAAUAUGAGAAAAAUAAGGGGAAAUCCAUGCUUGAAUUUGUUGAGACACCAUCAUAUCAAGCUUCAAAGGAGGCUCAGAAGAUGCAGAGUGGGAAAGUUUACAGAGAGGAUUUUGAGAAGGAGAUUAAAGGAAGGUCAUCACUGGAUUUAGACAAGACUCCAGAAUUUUUACAUGUAAAAUACAUCACCAACCUUCUGAAGGAGAAGGAAUAUAAAAAAGAUUUGGAAAAUGAAAUAAAAGGGAAAGGAAUGGAACUUAAUUCAGAAGUUCUUGAUAUUCAAAGAGCAAAACGAGCAUCUGAAAUGGCUAGUGAGAAAGAAUACAAGAAAGACCUGGAGUCACAAAUUAAAGGGAAAGGAAUGCAAGUUGGCGCUGACACGCUUGGGAUACAACAUGCCAUAAAAGCUUCAGAGAUGGCUAGUGAGAAAGACUAUAAAAGAGAUCUGGAGACUGAAAUUAAGGGGAAAGGCAUGCAGGUGAGCACAGACACUCCGGAUAUCCAGAGAGCUAAGAAAGCAUCCGAAAUGGCCAGCCAGAAAGAAUAUAAGAAGGACUUAGAAAAUGAAAUUAAAGGGAAAGGCAUGCAGGUGAGCAUGGAUAUCCCAGAUAUGCUUCGAGCCAAGAGGGCAUCUGAAAUCUACAGCCAGAAAAAGUAUAAAGAUGAAGCAGAGAAGAUGCUUUCUAACUAUUCUCCUGUGGCAGAUUCUCCUGAAAUUCAGAGAAUUAAGACAACUCAACAAAACGUCAGUGCGGUAUUUUAUAAAAAAGAAGUCGGAGCUGGUAUAGCAGUAAAAGAUACUCCAGAGAUUGAACGAGUGAAGAAAAAUCAGCAGAAUAUUAGUUCAGUGAAAUACAAAGAAGAGAUGAAAUGUGCGACAGCCAUAUCUGAUCCUCCAGAGCUAAAGAGAAUUAAAGAAAACCAGAAGAACAUCAGCAAUCUCCAGUAUAAAGAGCAGUGCCCCAGGGCAACCCCACUAAGCAUAACACCGGAGAUAGAGAGAGUGAGGAGAAACCAGGAGCAGCUGAGUACGGUAAAAUACAAAGGAGAGAUGAAACAGGCAACCCCAAUUUCUGAUCCACCAGAGCUGAAGAGAGUUAAAGAGAACCAGAAGAACAUCAGCAAUGUUUAUUAUAAAGGUCAGCUGGGAAGAGCCACGGCUUUAAGUGUAACUCCUGAAAUGGAAAGAGUAAAGAAGAAUCAAGAAAAUAUUAGUUCGGUAAAAUAUACCCAGGACCAUAAACAGAUGAAAGGUAGACCAAGUCUGAUUUUAGAUACACCUGCUCUGAGACAUGUCAAAGAAGCACAAAAUCAUAUUUCAAUGGUAAAAUAUCAUGAAGAUUUUGAAAAGACCAAGGGAAGAGGCUUUACUCCUGUCGUGGAUGACCCUGUGACAGAGCGAGUGAGGAAGAACACCCAGAUUGUCAGUGAUGCAGCCUAUAAAGGUGUCCAUCCUCACAUCGUGGAGAUGGACAGGAGACCUGGGAUCAUUGUUGACCUCAAAGUUUGGCGCACAGAUCCUGGCUCCAUCUUCGACAUUGAUCCCCUGGAAGACAAUAUUCAGUCUAGAAGUCUACAUAUGCUCUCUGAAAAGGCGAGUCACUAUAGGAGACACCGGUCUCGAUCUCAUUCGAGCAGUACUUUUGGUACAGGUCUGGGAGAUGACAAAUCAGAAAUAUCCGAGAUUUACCCUAGCUUUUCCUGCUGCAGUGAGGCAACAAGACCGUCUGAUGAAGGAGCCCCUGUUCUGCCUGGCGCCUACCAGCAAAGCCAUUCCCAAGGCUAUGGGUACAUGCACCCAGCGAGCCUGUCGUCCAUGAGGUCAAUGCAGCAUUCACCAAAUCUAAGGACCUACCGAGCCAUGUAUGAUUACAGUGCCCAGGAUGAAGAUGAAGUCUCCUUUCGGGAUGGCGACUACAUUGUCAACGUGCAGCCCAUCGACGACGGCUGGAUGUACGGCACCGUGCAGAGAACUGGGAAAACCGGGAUGCUCCCCGCGAAUUACAUUGAGUUUGUUAAUUAAUUAUUUCUCCUUGCCCUUCGAGCUUUCUUCUAAUGUGUACUAAACCUAAUCUUUUUAAAAGAUAGGAGAUACUUUUAAGACAACUUGGCAGUUAUUUUACAAUAAUCUAUCCUUCCUUUGACAAUUAGACACACAGGUACCAGGAAGAAGGAAUGACUUCUGGGCUGAAAACAGCAGCAUUUUCAGUAAUUCCUGUAAACAAAAUAAUUAGGUCUGGAGACCUGGUGCUGCUAAUUGUGCGAAUGGUUUCCUUUGAUUGGCUACUGAACCCUUCUGGGAAAUGUAUUUUUGUAGACUUUGCUAGAGGUGUUGAUUGUCCCUUAAAUGUAACAAGUAUAUGAAACUUCUUAGCUGUCACUUUGGAAUCACCAGAAGCCAAUUCUCUUAAUUCAGUAACACAGCCAAUAAUUCAAAACCAUUUAGCUUCUGAGUCAUCAGGCAAUUUCCAAUUCAAGUGAAAAUUGCCUAAUACAAUAGAUGUAAGCAGUGGCAGAAUGACAGUGUGGUUAAAAUUAUAUUGACUGGCCUUAGGGACCUAGAAACUUCUACCGAACAAAGAAAUUUCCUCGUUCCCUCGGCCGACUUGGGUCUAUUUAUUUCUCAUUUGUACCAAGGCAUACCCUACUCUCCAUUUACAUUCUGUGGACCCAAGUAUGUGCUUGGCUGCACAGAAUGUCAGGACCAAAUAACUUCAUAGCUACUCUGCAAAGGGCAAAUCUUAAGGUCAUCUAUAGUAUUUCCCAAUAACCUUUACCCUGUUGCAUGUCAUGUAGGUUCAAGCUUCUGUAAUGUAGGCAGCUGCACUGCCCAUUCCUGUAAUUAAAGCAAAAAGUGUGGCUGAUAUUUAAAGCCCUUUCCUCUAGUUGCCAGCUCAUCAGAAAAACAUAUUUUGAACAGUUGCUUGAGAUUCUCUUGCUGCAUUGCACUCUAGUUCUGAAGGAUUUACACCUUAGGAAAUAGACGUAUACUCUAGUCAAUAAGUGAUUUAGGUGUUUAUUGAACAGCUUUCAUUAACUUAAUGCCGCUGUUGAUUUAAAAGUUAAGAAAAAUUCACAGGAGCCAGUGACAACGUGGAAUAUGAAGUGUGCUGGAAAAAACCAGCAGACAAGAAGUUACCAGCUCCACAAAGAGAGAGAUGAUCUGGUUUCUUCUUUUGAAAAAUAGUUUUCAAAUUCUGGAAUGGAAAUUUAGCCACUGAAACUGGUUAAUGAAGAGAUUUCCUUUCCACUUUCCGAUUUUUAUUUUCUAAAUCACAUUGAGGGGGUGAGAUAGGAAUGUCAUCAGAGAGUUUAGGUACAGGUUCACUAAAAAAGAGAUUGUUGUCACAUUUUGAUUUUUCAAUGAGUGACCUUGCAGUGUCUUGCUGGAUUCACAGCCAUGACUGCGGCCUUUGCUGGCGGGUCAUAAUUUCACCUAGAGUCCACAGUCAAGAUCACCUGAGAGAUUAACGUCCAUCAGCAACUCUGUGUUUUUCUGAUUGUGCCAUUUACUGGGACCUGCAACAGGGUAGCAUUCAUGUAGGGUCUGACUCCAUAGUUGUGAUGAAACAGAGAAAGCAAAGUUACAACAAUGUAAUAAAAUGUGUGGGUCCUAGGAAUAUCUACUUGAUAUGAUAUAUUCAAAGAAAUUAACAAAAUAUCCUAUCAAAUAUCUUUUAUUGAAAUGUUUCUUAGUCCGAAUGCAAAUGUGAAUUCAUUGACACCUUUGAAAAGUUAGCACAGACUUUUGAAAAUCUGUAGUUUCAUCUUAUCUGGCUAAAAGAGUAAAUAAGCUUUAAAAUUACACUCAAGCUGCAUCUACAUGACAGUGACAUAAAAUAAAAAAGAGAAAAAUUCAGGCAAAUAACUAGAGAUUUUUUUGAUGGGGUUUUACAGAUGACUCAUAACUAGCUUGACUGAUUUUCUAUCGUUGAAAUGACCAGUUGUUAUUAAAUUGAUUAAACCCCAUAUCUGUUUUGAUGUCUUGUACACAAACCUACAAAGACAAGAAGCUGAACUUGCAAUAUUCUUGCAAAAAUUUUUGUGCAUUAAAACUGAGGGCAAUAAGCUUGCUCAAUUUUAUUAUAUUGUUAAGUAAAUAUUUAUGUUUCACCCAGACAGACCACUUUUUGUGAUUAUAAAAGAGUAGUUGUUGAUUCAAUUUGCAGACAAAAUGUAGGACAGGUACAAUUUUUGAUAAAUAGCACAUUUAUAGGAAGCUCAAAGGAAAUUGACUUGAAAUGAUUAUAAUCAGGAAAGUUACCAUAAAGUAGCACCUUGAUCUUGCAUUGUGUUUUUCAUCCACUGAUUUCAAAAUCAGAUUCAUUGAAUGUAAAAGUCAAUACUUAUUUGGGGAAUAAUUCUCUUAAACUUUUAAGCUUCACAGAAUGUUUGCAUAGCAAGAUGUUUCUGCUUCCAGCCUUUACGAAUUAAGAUCCGAUCAGCAUUUAACUAGAGGGCAGUUGUUUUACAAUCAAGACUGAGGGAGAACAAGAUGUCCUGACGCUAUAACUUGAUAGUGUUGUCCUUGUUACUAAAGCCUGUCAGGAUACUAAGCAUCUCAGCAGAAAUGUAGGAAACAGGUAUGUAAGAUACCACAGUGCUGUUUUUACAGGAUCGUUUUUCAAAACUACGUUCUCGAACAACUUUUCCCCUUUCCCCACACCCUUUCCUCCUUCACUUUGGUAACAGGCAUCUCAUGAGUAACGCUGAGAUGCAUCUCACGCGACAGCUGAAGAAGGGUUUAAAAACAGGUCUUUUAAAAAUCAAGUGAAAGAAGACUGGCCAAGCACAGAGAGCAUGCACCUGACUUUCUAAAUUCAAUGUGUUCUCAAGCCUGAUAAGAGCACAAAGAGCAGUUUGCUAUGCUUUUAAAAGGUUCCAAAACCAAAACUGGAUGUGGAUCACAUCUCUCUUGAGAAAAGCAUAGCAACAGAAUAUGUUGCUUUUGUUGUCAGUUUUUGUAGGAAACGUUUUUUACUAAUUCUUGUUCUCCGGAAAAGCUUUCUAUUUCUAACCUGUGGCAAAACGAAUUCUUCCUGUCUUCUUGUUAUUGUUUACUCAUCCGAGGUGUAGCCCAGUUUGAAAUAUGUCUCUGGUUGUCAGGUGUCCAUGCAGACCCUCGCCUUCUCAGGCCUCCCCCCACCUCCAGAGACUGCACAGGAAUUUGCAAGCACAAUUGCCACGAGCACCUUGUAUGAAUAUGCAUGAGAUUAGACCAGCCUCUCUCUGGCCACUAGGUUCAUUGCUUGAAGAUGAUGAAGAUGCCGUUCUGCCAAUUUUACCACAGUCUUUCUUCCUUUAUCCUCUCCAUGUUGAGUUGGAUGACCCUCUGGGAGCUGGGGAGCAGACUUUUCUAAAACAGAUAGUGGAAGUUCAAGAGGCCCAUCUCUUUUUCAGGUUCAUCCAUCUCCAGUGGAAUGUUUUAAAUGAAAAGAUAAUGUGUGUGAUCCUUUAAUAACACAUCCCUAUAUAAUAACACAUCCCUAUAUAAAGUGGAAAUAGUUUAUACCAAAAUUAUAACAUAGAUAUAUAAAAAAGUAGGUGCCUUUUUGAUUACCCUGUUUAUCCAUUGUGGUCUUGGAAGGAAAACCAAGCAAGCAAGCUUCUGCCUAUUCUAUAGUAAUAUUUUAUUAUACAUGAUUGGUAUUUUUGUGGUGGGGAAGUGAGAUGCUCCUGACAGAUAUGAAAGGUGAUAGCUGCUUGUAUUUUACCUCUAAAGGUUUAGAACUUUAGAAAAUACCUGACUUCUUCUAUCUAUUUCUGAAAGGUUCUUGGUGGAUUUAUAUAGAGUUCAGAUGCAUAAACAUUAACUUUAGGUUUGAGAUUCAAAAUACCAGUUGGAAAAUAGAAGAAUUAUCUUAUGAGGCUGAAUUCAUUACACAAGAUGAAUUUCACUUCAUAAAUUCAUGAUACCUUAGCUAUUUGCUUCUGAUAAUCUAGAAGUGGCUACAGUGUGGUUGUUUUGGGUAGUGUGACAUGGAGCUGAGAAAGCUUUGGUUAAGUAAGAAGCUAUGUAAACUAAGAAUGCUAAAAUGAAAGUCUCAUUCUGAAAUAAUCCAUGCCCAUUAAGGUCCUUUCCAGGCAACUAACUGUUAACUAUUGAUGAUCAAAAAAAUCAAGACAUUCUUCUGUGGCCAUUGUUCCAUGAUGCUUAGACUACUGGAAUCCACAAGCCUGGAAGGGAUCCCCAGGGUAAAUUUCCUCCCCAAUUGUCCAUAUUACUUCAUGGGAAUUCCAUAUGCUUUUUGUGUUUGAUAUAUGGUAUCCAGUUUGCAUAGUGUAUACGUCUUUGUAAUCCAGUUGCCAUUAAGAAUGAUUUGCUUCAAAGGAAAAGAGAAAACUGUAUCGUAGUCCCAUUCUUCAGUAUCCACACAGUGAAUGGCUGAGCUUUUAGAAGCAGCACCAAGGAUGUUACAGGCAUGGUAUGGAACUGUUGGUCUUUGACCUGUGAUAAAAACGCAAAAUUGAAUCAUUGUGCAGUUUGGCUUCUGUUUGCUUCAAAAUUUGUAGAAUUGUGAUUGAUGAUUAAUUUGCAAGAU